AGAAAGCUUAACUUGAGUACCCACUAUCUCUAACGUGGAAUCGCAUGUUAAAUGCAUACCUAGUAUUUACCUAGGUACCUAGUACCUAACUUGAAACUUCCAACAUUGAAGUUCGUAACAGCUUAGCAGCCCAAUUCUUCACACUUUUCCUUUUUAUAUUUCUCUUCUUUGGUCGCAUCAAUUGAUAGCACCAUCCUCAAGAAUCAUCAGAAUUCAUUUACGCGCCGUUGUUUUGUUAGUACCCUCGAAUCACAUUAUGGUCAAGCCUCUAAACGAUAUGUUUCAAGGGCAAGAAGAGUCUUCAUCAUCUAGUAGUUAUGAAGAACCUCAAGCUCAAGAUGAUGGAGACUCACAAAAAGGACACAACUUCGUGAGUGAUUUCUUGUCGAGGCUUGAGCACUUUACUUGGGCCAACUAUACAUUCCCUAUGUCUACCGGCGGCAUUGCUCUGUUGCUUGCAGAACAGACCCAAGGCUUCGUAUUUCCUGGCCUGCAGACAAUCGGGAAAGUCUUUUACAUAUUCGAUCUUGUUGUUUUCACCCUCGUCACGAUAUCCAUCAUUUAUCGCUUUGUUAAAUUCCCUGGCACUCUGAAGGCCUCCAUCACCCACCCUACAGAGGCCCUUUUCCUCGGAACGUCAACUCUCAGUUUAGCAUCGAUCAUCGCCGGUAUUGCCCGCUACGGAAUCCCCGCCUGCGGUCCAUGGCUGAUCACGGCAUAUCGAGUACUUUUCUGGAUAUACUUCCUCAUCACCUUUACAAUUGCCGUUGGACAGUACUCUCUACUUUUCACCUCACCGCUCUUGAGAAUACAGGAUAUGACACCAGCUUGGGAUCUGCCCAUCUUUCCUUUCAUGCUAUCUGGAACCGUCGCAGCUAGCGGCGCCGCGGUGCAGCCGCCGAAUGAAGCAAUGCCUAUGAUAAUUGCAGGUCUAACCGCUCAAGGACUUGGGAUGCUAGUAUCGAUUAUGAUGUAUGCGAGUUAUGUUCGGCGGAUGAUUCAAUGGGGUUUCCCAUCACCUAAUUCACGGCCAGGCAUGUUUAUAGCUGUUGGCCCGCCCUCUUUCACCAGCCUUGCCAUUAUCGGGCUCGCGAACGACUAUCCCAUACAUUACAACUACUUCGGCGCGGACUCUAUUACCAUACAGAUCUUGCGAGUCCUUGCAACCUUUACCGGCGUAUUCAUCUGGUCGCUUAGCCUCUGGUUCUUCUGCAUAUCUGUAGUAGCCAACCUUGCGAUUAGAAAGCAGUUGUCAUUCCACCUGAACUGGUAUGCUUAUGUAUUUCCGAAUGUUGGAUUUACGAUGGCAACCAUUACUAUUGGCAAGAGCCUACAUAGUCCCGGAAUUAUGGGAGUUGGCAGCGCCAUGACCCUGCUACUCAUCGCGAUGUGGGUAUUCGUAUUUAUCCACCAUAUGAAGGCCGUCAUCAACUGCGAAAUUUUGUUCGAGGGAAAGGAUGAGGAUCAUUAUGUGAACGAAAAAAAACACGCCCACGUCAAGCCCUUGAAGGAUGGGAGUGAUAUAGAAAAGGAGGCUUGACGUCCACCCCAUGGGCAGACCAUUGCACCAAUCCGAUCACCCCCGUGGAGAUCAAGUUUUGCGGACAUAUUGUACCGCACUUAUGUCUUACGAUGAGUAGAAAACGCAACGAUUUUAUGAUUAGUAACCUAGAAUUUAGUGUUGUCGUUCCGAAUUACGAGGUACACAACCAAGUUAUGAUGACGGCAAACCAACUUAGACAUUGGGGUAAUAGUAUAUAGUAACUGAUAAUAUAGAUUGUACAAAUACUUUUGA